AUGGCAGCAGCACCAACCCAAUUUGAUGGCGUUGAGACCGUUUUGGCGGAAAAGUUGGAAGGUGUGGCUUUUGACGAAGUCAGCCGAGUGCUUUACGGAAGACCUUACAAGUGAGUUGACUUUGAUGAACUGUGAAUGAAAUUGUUGCAGGAAGCUCGAGAUUUCUCCGGCGGCUGAGAAACUCGCCAAAGACGGUGACUUCCAAUUGGUUGGAUACAUUGUGGAUGCUCAGAAAGAACAGACGAGAGCUCCGAGAUUGGUAAGUCACCAGCUCAUGCGAAACCCUCUAAUUUUUCUGUUCAGGUGCGUGUAGCUGCCAUCCAAAACGCCAUCCACCGCCCGACCACUGACAGCGUUGUAGAUCAACGGGACGCCAUUCAUCAGCGUGUCGGAGCAAUGAUCGAGGCCGCCGCUGCUGCCGGAGCCAACGUCGUCGGACUCCAGGAGGCGUGGACGAUGCCCUUCGCCUUCUGCACACGCGAACGUCUUCCGUGGACGGAGUUCGCCGAGUCUGUCUACUCGGGGCCGACGACAGCUUUCCUUUCGAAGUUGGCCGUCAAGCACAACAUCGUCAUCAUCUCUCCAAUUCUCGAGAGGGACGAAGAAAAGGACGACGUCAUUUGGAACACGGCUGUGGUGAUCUCGCACACUGGACGGGUUAUUGGAAGAUCGAGAAAGAAUCAUAUCCCUAGAGUUGGAGACUUCAAUGAAUCCACGUAUUAUAUGGAGUCGACUAUCGGACAUCCGGUCUUCGAAACCAAGUACGGACGCAUAGGAAUCAACAUCUGCUACGGACGUCAUCAUCCUCAGAAUUGGAUGAUGUAUGCCCUCAACGGAGCGGAGAUCAUCUUCAAUCCAUCGGCAACCGUCGGUGCUCUUAGGUCAGAAUUUCAGAAUUAUUCCGGUUUUCUAAUGAUUCAAAGUGUUCAGUGAGCCGCUCUGGGGCAUUGAAGCGCGCAACGCAGCUAUUGCCAACCACGUUUUCACCGUUGGAAUCAACCGUGUCGGAACAGAAGUGUUCCCGCAUGAAUUCACCAGCGGAAACGGACAACCGGCACACAAAGACUUUGGACAUUUCUACGGAUCCACCUACAUCGCCGCUCCAGAUGGUAGCCGCACCCCGGUGAGUCAUCCAUUCGUACUUUCAACCCAAUGUCCCCCGACUUCCAGGCACUUUCGCGUGUCCGUGAAGGAGUUCUCAUCGCCGAACUCGACCUGAAUCUCUGUCGUCAAUGCAAGGACGCCUGGGGAUUCCGAAUGACUAACCGACUCGAAAUGUACGCUCAGAAACUGACGGAAGUCGCCAAUCCAGAAUAUCGUCCGGACAUCAGAAGAGAGCACUGA